CAAAAGAUUGAAUAGUAAGCGAUAGCCUUGUUUCUGGACAAAUCCUCGCCCUUUUCUUCUUCAAUCAAUUUGUGGAGUUCAAUAAUUAAUUGAAUGAAGAUUCAAUGGAGUUGCAGAAGUGAAUUUGAGCUAUAGUAAUCAGUAUUUUCGAUCUUAGCCAAAGGAGCAGCAGCUUUCAUCAAUCUCACACUAACAAAUUUGAUCCGUUGCGCACUCCCAAGUCUGAAUUCUUACUGUUACCCUGCUUUCGUUGCCUAAGUUUUGUGCUAGGAUACGCAAUGGAGGAUUCCGGGACUGGAACUCGACCUUAUUCCGGUAAAAUAUCGGCUAAAGUCGUCGCUAUUGCUGCUGGUGAAGCUCACACUCUCGUUCUUACAGGAGAUGGGAGAGUGUAUUCAUGGGGAAGAGGAAUGUUUGGGCGGCUUGGGACGGGGACGGAAGCGGACGAGCUUUUACCUGUACGAGUUAAGCUUGGUUCUGAGGAAGCGAAUCUCAAAGUUGUGGCGAUUGCUGCUGGUUCUUAUCAUAGCCUCGCUCUUGCUGAUGAUGGUUCAGUUUGGAGCUGGGGUUACAACAUCUAUGGCCAACUUGGAUUUGAUGGAGGAAAUUCUGCUGCCCCUUGCUUGCUGAAGCAGUUUCAUGAGUUGGAAUCUCCAAAUUCUUCGACAGACGAGUCAGGCUCGAAGAAUAAGGGGUCAAAAACGAUUUGUGACAUCAAAGCCGGGGGGUUGGUCUCGCUUGCAAUCGACAAUCUCGGAGCCCUAUCGAUGUGGGGUAAUUGUCCAAAGCCAAACGGUGAGGACGAAGUUGGCUUAUCUUAUGUUAGCAGCUUCACUCCCUCUCCAGUGUCGGAUCUCCAUGGCCGUACUGUUGUUAAGGUUGCUUGUGGGAAUGAGCAUGUGGUGGCCCUGGUUAGUGUUGGGGCAACCUACAAUAAAGAUGAAGAUUUAGUUUGCUACUCAUGGGGAAAUAAUUCUCAUGGUCAAUUAGGUCUGGGAGAUAGAGAUGGCAGGGCACGUCCCCAACUUAUCGAGACGUUUAACGAGGCAUCCCCUUGGGCAGUGUAUGAGGUAGCGUGCGGGGCGUUCCAUACCGCUUUACUUAGCCGCAGAAAGGGACCAAGUGACACUUUAGAAAGUGUAUGUUGGACAUUUGGUAUAGGGGAAAAUGGGCAGCUUGGACAUGGAACUACCCAAAAUGAAUUGCUUCCUAAGCCUGUAAAAGAAUUGCCGCAAUCUGUAUCUCUGAUCUCAGUUGCUUGUGGCCUUUUUCACACGAGCGUUGUUUCAUCAGCUGGAGAUGUAUGGUCCUGGGGAAUGGAAAGGGGACUUGGACUUUGCCCUGAUGCUAGUUUCACUGGGACCGACACAGGCGAUGCAAUUUCUCCCCUAUCCAUCUUUUGUAAUGGGUCUCAAUCUCCAAAAUUCUUGGAUCCUGUUCAGGUUGCUUGUGGGGCUGCUCAUACUAUCAUUGUUGCACAUAAUGGAUAUAAGUUAUGGUCAUGGGGACGAGGGAGAAGCGGAGUUCUUGGAAAUGGUAAGACAGUCGAUUGUUAUACUCCCACCGUCGUGUCGUGGCCUCCACCCGGCGAGGAUUUCAUUCAAGAGGAAAUAGAAACCAAAAGCACGGAGGAUAAAGUCGAAGAAGAUAGUACCGAGGAAGUAACCGAAGAAAACAAAAAAUUGCUUAUGGCUAUGGAGGAAAUCAAAGUUCUGCUAGAGAAACUGUCUGUUAUGGAACGGUAUGCAAGCUUUCUUCAUGGCUCCAUAUUUGGAAAACCUUUCCAAGAGGGAGAUAUCCCACUCUCGUUGCGAAAUUCUGGUACUUUCGACAUUGCCAAGGAAUGGGAAAGCCUUUUCGAGUCAAUAGAUCGCACAGAUCUACUAAGGAUGGAGGCAGUCUACCAACACAUGCUGGCAACAAUCAAAGACAAGAUCAUGAAAAAAAGGGUCCAGGAGCUUGUGAACGAGUUUCUCCAAUCUUCAACGUCUAAAAAUUAGUGUUAUAAGCUGAGAGGAGCCAUCAGGUAAAGAAGAGAAGGUUUCAAGUGGUUAUAGAAGAUUCCUUACUUCGGAAGGAAAAGUGGAUUAAUAAAAGGGUUCGAGGAAAUGGAUUUUCAAGCCAUAAAGAUAACUUAUUUGAACUGUCCUAUCUGUCGGGUGAGGAUUAAUAAAAGAGUUCGAAGAAAUGGAUUCAAGGCAUAGAGACAUCUUAUUUGAAUUGUCCUAUAUGUCGGUAAAGAUUAAUAAAAGGGUUCGAGGAAAUGAAUUUAAGGCACAAAGAUAUCUUAUUUGAGUUGUCUUAUCUAUUGGUACGAAUUAAUAAAAGGGUUCGAAAAAAUGAAUUUAAGGCAUAGAGACAUCUUAUUUGAGUUGUUGUAUCUAUUGGUAAGGAUUAAUAAAACGCUUCGAGGAAAUGGAUUCAAGCCAAUAGAGCCAUCAUGUCUUGGAUUAUGUAUAAUGUUGGGCUAAAAAAAAUUAAUUUGACAAACACUAAUAUA